CCUUCGCGUUUCCCGUGUCCGGGCGGAGGAAGUUUGUCUCAGCGCCGCCGCCGUCCGACCCCCAGCGGCUGUGCCGAGCGUCAUGGCGGCGUCCCUUUCAAUGUCAGCGGCUGCGAGGCUCCGCGCGGCGGCCCGCCUGCCGACCGCCAGGUCACUGAGCACUUCCACAUGGCGGCUGGCACAGAACCAAACUCGAGACACGCAACUCAUCACAGUUGAUGAAAAAUUGGAUAUCACUUCUUUAACUGGUGUUCCAGAUGAGCACAUCAAAACCAGGAAAGUUCACAUUUUUGUCCCGGCACGUAAUGCUAUGCAGGCUGGAGUUAACAACACGAAGAAAUGGAAGAUGGAAUUUGAUAACAGGGAGCGCUGGGAGAAUCCUCUAAUGGGUUGGGCAUCUACAGCUGAUCCUUUAUCGAACAUGGUUCUUACUUUCACUACUAAAGAAGAUGCCAUUGCCUUUGCUGAAAAAAACGGCUGGAACUAUGAUGUUGAAGAGAAGAAGGUUCCAAAACCUAAAUCCAAGUCUUAUGGUGCAAACUUUUCUUGGAACAAAAGAACAAGGGUGUCUACAAAAUAAGUUGGCAUUGGCUGUCUCUGAAUGUGAAUAAAGUCAGCUGUGCUGUAUUUAUAGUCCACGUAUAAUACAUCUCUUAAUCUCCUAAUAAAUUUGACCUUUAAACUACA